UAAGACAACCCCCCGCGCACGUUACUAACAUGCGCCACCCUCUCUCCUUCAUUUAUCAAUCUCUCUCUCUCUCUUCAAAAUUCACUCCUUCAAUUCUUCUCUCUCUCUCUCUCUCUCUCUCUGUUUUAUUGUGCUGAUUGCAAGAUUUCUUUUUGCCAAAUCUCACACAUCUCUGAGCAUCAAUUUCAAACAAAAACGUCCUCUCGCUCUCUCCAUUCAUUCAUUAAUUCCUGAUUUCUUUUCUCUGCUAAGUGCCAACGCUUGUUCUUGAUUUGAUUCAAACGUUCCAACAACGCCAGUUUCGUAUUCUUUGUGAUUGUGAUCAUCGUUUGCUAGUAAUCACAAUCGUUGUUGUUAGGUUUAGGUUUUCGUGAUUUGGCUCUGUAACAACCUAUGAAUUGGUGUUUGUUUCUCUGAAUUGCAAUGCGAUGAGAAGGCGGCAUGACCUAAUGGAAAAAGGGGCAGCAAAGAAUCAGAAUUCCCGCCUUUGCUGUUUGGUGUCCCUUUCCGCGUUCUUCUGGUUUUUGCUCCUUUACUUCCAUUUUGUGGUUCUUGCAGGAGAUAAUAGUAAUGCCAACACCAAGAGUAAUUACAAUGACCAUGUUGAUCACUCGGCUCUAUCAACACCUGUUUCUGUUGAUUAUGAACCUGCCCAAGUCCAUGUAACUCAUGCCCCUCCUAGAAAGAUCGCUUUCCCUAGUGACACCGUAACUGAAACCCCUCGCAUGGAGAAGAAUUUCCCUUUUAUGAAAGCAUUGAGAACUGCUGAGAACAAGAGUGAUCCCUGUGGGGGGAGGUACAUUUAUGUGCAUGACCUUCCCUCCAGGUUUAAUGAGGAUAUGUUGAAGGAGUGCAAGAGUUUGAGUCUUUGGACUAAUAUGUGUAAGUUCACCACCAAUGCUGGCCUUGGUCCACCCCUUGAGAAUGCUGAAGGGGUGUUCUCUAAUACUGGCUGGUAUGCUACCAAUCAGUUUGCGGUUGAUGUCAUAUUCAGCAAUCGGAUGAAGCAGUAUGAGUGCUUGACAAAGGAUUCCUCUAUUGCUGCUGCGGUUUUUGUACCCUUCUAUGCUGGCUUUGACAUAGCGCGUUAUCUUUGGGGUUUUAAUAUUUCGGUGAGGGAUGCCGCUUCGCUUGAUCUGGUUGACUGGCUUGUGAAGAGGCCAGAGUGGAGUAUAAUGAAUGGCAGAGACCAUUUUCUUGUGGCGGGGAGGAUAACGUGGGAUUUCAGGAGGCUAUCGGAGGAAGAAUCGGAUUGGGGCAAUAAGCUUCUGUUUUUGCCAGCAGCUAAGAAUAUGUCCAUGCUUGUGGUUGAGUCCAGUCCUUGGAAUGCAAAUGAUUUUGGGAUUCCAUAUCCUACAUACUUCCACCCUGCAAAGGAUGCUGAUGUGUUCAUUUGGCAGGAUAGAAUGAGGAAACUAGAGAGGAAGUGGCUAUUCUCCUUUGCUGGUGCUCCCCGUCCUGGCAACCCCAAAUCAAUCAGGGGUCAGUUAAUUGAUCAAUGCAGAAGCUCUAAGGCUUGUAAGCUGUUGGAAUGUGACUUUGGUGAAAGCAAAUGUCAUUCCCCCAGCAGCAUAAUGAAGAUGUUUCAAAGCUCGCUUUUCUGCUUGCAACCCCAGGGUGAUUCGUACACACGAAGAUCUGCUUUUGAUUCUAUGUUGGCUGGUUGUAUACCUGUCUUCUUCCAUCCAGGCUCAGCUUAUACGCAAUAUACGUGGCAUCUUCCCAAGAAUUACUCCAAGUAUUCUGUCUUCAUUCCAGAGGAUGAUAUUCGGAAGAGGAAUAUCAGUAUAGAGGAAAGGCUUAGUCAGAUAUCUCCUGAGCAAGUGAAGAUCAUGAGAGAAGAAGUCAUUGGUCUCAUUCCAAGACUAGUAUAUGCUGAUCCUCGCUCCAAAUUAGAAACUCUUAAUGAUGCAUUUGAUGUUGCUGUACAAGCAGUAAUAGACAAGGUUACAAAGUUGAGGAAGGAUAUUAUUGAAGAUCGGACAGAUGACAACUUCAUUGAGGAGAACAGUUGGAAAUAUGCAUUGUUGCCCGAGGGAGAGCAUGAGGUAGGACCUCAUGAAUGGGAUCCUUUCUUCUCGAAACCAAAGGAUGGUAGUGGGGAUUCCAAUGAUCCCUCUCCUGAAGCUGCAAAAAAUUCUUGGAAGAAUGAGCAAAGAAAUCAUUCAUGAAGGGAAGGGGGUAAGAAAAUCUGCAGGGUGCUAAAGUAAGGUUAAUGCAGACUUAGAAAUGAUUUACUUGAAUUGGGGUAGAAUUACAAAUUGAUGUUGGGUCUUGCUGUGAACUUACUGCUGAACUUGUGUCUAAGGAUAUUGAGCGAGCCUCCAUCAUUGAAACCCCAGUCAUGGAGACAUAUUCUUUGCUUUACACAUUUUUGUGUUAUAGGUUUUUCUGUUUUCUGCUCCUUAGUGGUUCCCAGAAUGUUUUGGCCUUUUGUGAGGUUAAUAAUUCCUUUCAUGUAAUAGUUUUAUUCAUUUGAUUCAUAUAGGAAAUAUAAACAAAUUUAUUACAGAUAAUGGUAAACCCAAUGAAGUUUAACCAUUGAAGUCUCGGAUAGAUCAGUUGAAGUGUCAUUUCGCCGAUGCAUCAUCCUGCAAUACAUGAAAAUGUGUUGAAAUAUUUGAUCAUUUUCAGUAAAAUAAAUGCUUUACCUUUCUCUA